AUGGGCAAGGAACUCUCCGCAGAACAGAAGACAAUCGUGAAAAUGUACGUGACACGCGAUGUCGGCGAUGGCAACAUCAAGUGCUGCUACUGCGCCAAGGAGAUCACAUCGCGCAACGUAGAUCGUUGGGCGUCACAUCUGCGCGGCUGCGUCAAGACACCGGACGACGUCAAGACGCAGAUUCAGCCGCUUCGCAAUGCUGCGUCUUCGCCGUCUGCGUCGACAAACAGCAAUGCGACGGCUGUGUUCAAAGUGCACGUGUCCAAGGAUUACAUGAAGUUUAACGCCGCGCAUUUCAUUGCCUACAAGGGAUUCCGCGAGAAGCUACACGGACAUAACUACCGCUUGGCUGUCACGAUUACCGGACAGGUUGGUCCGGAUGGCUACGUGGUGGAUUUUGGUGAGAUUAAGAAGAUAUCGCGGGUCAUUUGCAAGGACCUGAAUGAAUCCUUCCUUGUGCCGAUGAAUAGCGAUGCGUUGAAGAUUUCGUUUGACGGCACGAAUGUCCACAUUCUAACGGAAGAUAUGGCGAAGUUCAGCUUCCCGAAGGCUGACUGCUCGCUUCUGCCGAUUGUGCACUCGUCGGCUGAGGAGCUUGCCAUUUACAUUAGCAACCAACUCAUUGACGCUUUCACGCUUGUUGCACUCCUGGAUCGCGGCGUGCGGAAGAUCGAAGUGAGCAUCUCGGAGGCCAACCAGCAGUUUGCCUCGUACGAGCGCACCAUCCUAGCGUAGAAAGCGUAGAACGGGACUGAAUCUCCCAAAGUCACUCUUUAACUGGAGCGAAGCAACGACCCCGUCCCAUCGUUUUCUGCGCUCGCGCACAAUUCAACGGGCUCAUGCUCCUCCAACUAGGAGUCUACAGUCAGUGCAUUUGCUUCAAUUCU